AUGAUUGCUUGUAGAAUCGUUGCUGUAAUUGGACUUCUCGCCGCGGGUGUCCAAGCUGGACCAUGCAAGCCCUCAUCGGUUGUUACAGCCACGGCCGAUGCUACUUCCACUCACUCGGUUUCGAACACCGGCACUGCUACCUCUGGCGACAUCGCCACGACUACCGAGACGACCCUCACUCCCAGCUCGACUGCCUAUUCUUGCGUCAACAAUGAAAAGACCCCGUUCCCAGCUGGUGUCCUUUGCGACACCAAGGGCAUUGGCGCAGACCCGAACAUGCUCUUCCUUACCCAAGUGACUGGUGAUGCCACGAUCGCUCACUGUCGUGAUGUCUGUAGGGGUAUGGAUGACUGUAUUGCAUUUACUGUGCAGCCAAACGUCUUUUGUGAUCUUUGGGGAGGCAGAAUCCAGGGGACUGAUGGUUCUAAUACCGACUUCUCUUGGUACUCCUUGGACUGUUUCUGUGAUCUGCCUGAGUUGUCUACGACUUCGGCAACAGCCACUGCUGCCACGGCGACGACGGGUACUACAUCCCUGACUACCGACACUGCUAUAACCAAUACAGCGACUAUGGAUACUACAAUCCUCACAUCCGAAACUGCUACUAAAGAGCUCGAGACAUCUUCUACGGUUCCCACGACAUCCUCUGCUGCGCUCACUUCAAGCACUGAAACCACCACUGCCGCUGCUACGACUACCACCAUCGCCACCUCCGCUCCUAGCUGCCCCGGUGGAUUCCCGUCUGGCUCCUCAUGUGGCGUUUCCAAACAAUAUAUCGGAACAGGAUCGUACAACAAAGAUAUAGAUGGAACAUAUACACUCGACGAGUGCCUGCAGUUCUGCAUUGACCAUCCUACGUGCAACCUCUUUGCAUAUGCCGCUACCUGGUGUGAGCUGUGGAAUGGAGAGUACGCCACCACCGGGUCUUCUGUGAAUUUCAGCUGCCGCCGUAAAUUUCCCCGUCCCCAAAGUACUACAAAACACAAACCUUUCGGCAUGACUUUGGCAUCCAACGACCUGGAGAGACCCAGUACCUGCGAGUGGUCAUCGCUCCUUUCGCUGGACUGCGUCUCUUCUGAAUGGCAAGAUUACUUCGAAAAGUUUACCUUUCGACGCCUUCUGAUCGACAACUCCCAACUGGCCAAGUUCUUCAAGGUGACCAAAGGUGAAAAAGCUUGGAGAUUGUCAUAUAUCCGCUAUCUAUGUCUGAGAAUCAAGAUUCACGACUAUGAUUAUCCGGAAUGCGAUAAGGCGGAGUCUCAUGCCACAAUAAACUGGUGA